AUUAACGCAAAACAAGCAAGAUUAAGAAAAGCCAACGCGCCGACAGCCACCUCCAAAAAUUGGGCGCAAAACCAAAAUCAUCCAUGGAGUUGGACACUAGACAAUAGACAUCGUAGAUAGUGGUGUAAAUGCAAAUAUCUCACGAAAAGAAGGGCAAAUUACUAAAGGUUGUCUCUAUUAUGUAAACACAUACACAGUAGUGUAGUAAUUAACCAACGGACAGCAGGUUUUGUUCGCUCUCUCUCUCUCUCUCUGUCUCUCUCUCUCUUCUUCGUGAGGGGUUUUGGGGACACAGCAAUUUUAAUACUUCAAACACUCUUUCCCUUUGUCGGAGACGAGAGAGAAGAGCCACUGGCGUUCACUUUAAGAUUAUACUAGUCUCUUAACCUACGCCCACUUUUUUUGGUUGCUUAUCAUGCGCCGCCUCAAUUAAGAGUUAAUUGCAUUCGGCUAAUCAAGUUGUUGUAGCUCUGCUUGUUUCGGCAAACUGUUGCAGUCUCUGGCUUCUCUUCUUUUAAUAUGGCAUGGACGGAGAAAAAUAAUGGAAAUGGGAAAGAGGGGGGACCAAUUGAAGAUAAUGGCUUCUUGAAAGGGACUCAGGAGCCUUCUCCUAGUGCAAGUGGGUCUCCUGUUGCUGUAGCAGCAGGACUGAAGGGUAUUGAAGAAAAGGAUAGUCUUUCUUAUGCCAACAUUCUCCGUUCCAGAAAUAAGUUUGUUGAUGCUCUUGCUAUAUACGAGAGUGUCUUGGAGAAAGAUAGUGGAAAUGUUGAAGCUUAUAUUGGAAAAGGCAUAUGCCUGCAGAUGCAGAACAUGGGAAGGCUUGCUUUUGAUAGUUUUGCUGAAGCCAUCAAACUGGAUCCUCAAAAUGCUUGUGCCCUCACGCAUUGCGGUAUAUUGUACAAAGAGGAGGGUCGACUGGUUGAGGCUGCUGAGUCAUAUCAGAAGGCUCUUAGAGCAGACCCUUUGUAUAAACCAGCUGCAGAAUGCCUAUCCAUUGUCUUAACAGAUCUUGGUACUAGCUUAAAGCUUUCUGGAAAUACGCAGGAGGGAAUUCAGAAGUAUUAUGAAGCUCUUAAAAUAGAUCCACACUAUGCGCCAGCAUAUUAUAACCUUGGUGUUGUGUAUUCUGAAAUGAUGCAAUAUGACACUGCCCUUAAUUGCUAUGAGAAGGCUGCAUUAGAGAGACCCAUGUAUGCUGAAGCUUACUGCAACAUGGGUGUCAUCUAUAAAAACCGAGGUGACUUGGAGUCAGCCAUUGCUUGUUAUGAGAGGUGUCUAGCUGUAUCACCGAACUUUGAGAUUGCAAAGAAUAAUAUGGCCAUAGCUUUGACAGAUUUAGGAACAAAGGUUAAAUUGGAGGGAGACAUCAAUCAAGGCAUUGCAUAUUACAAGAAGGCUUUGUAUUACAAUUGGCAUUAUGCUGAUGCUAUGUAUAAUCUUGGUGUUGCUUAUGGUGAAAUGCUGAAGUUUGACAAUGCAAUUGUGUUUUAUGAACUUGCUUUCCACUUCAAUCCCCAUUGUGCAGAGGCAUGCAAUAAUUUAGGAGUUAUAUACAAAGACCGAGACAAUCUUGAUAAAGCCGUGGAGUGUUAUCAGACGGCUUUGUCAAUCAAACCAAACUUUUCUCAGUCACUGAACAACCUUGGUGUUGUCUACACUGUCCAGGGUAAAAUGGAUGCUGCUGCAAGCAUGAUUGAGAAAGCUAUCAUGGCAAAUCCUACAUAUGCUGAAGCUUAUAAUAACCUAGGGGUCCUUUACCGAGAUGCUGGCAAUAUACCUAUGGCAAUUAAUGCUUAUGAGCAAUGCCUCAAGAUAGAUCCAGAUUCUCGCAAUGCAGGGCAGAAUCGUUUGCUUGCAAUGAAUUACAUAAAUGAGGGACAUGAUGAGAAGCUGUUUGAGGCUCACAGGGACUGGGGCAGACGCUUUAUGAGGUUGUAUCCACAGUACACAAUGUGGGACAAUCCAAAAGAUCUAGAUAGGCCGCUUGUGAUUGGAUAUGUAUCUCCGGAUUAUUUCACCCAUUCUGUAUCAUAUUUCAUUGAGGCCCCUCUAGUUUAUCAUGACUAUGCAAAUUACAAAGUGGUGGUAUAUUCAGCAGUUGUGAAGGCUGAUGCAAAGACUAUCAGGUUUAGGGAGAAGGUAUUGAAACAGGGUGGAAUAUGGAGGGAUAUCUACGGGAUUGAUGAGAAGAAGGUGGCAAGCAUGGUUAGGGAAGAUAAUGUUGACAUAUUAGUAGAACUUACAGGACACACAGCUAAUAAUAAGUUGGGCAUGAUGGCAUGCCGACCAGCACCUAUUCAGGUGACUUGGAUUGGCUACCCAAAUACAACAGGUUUGCCUACCAUUGAUUACAGGAUCACUGAUUCGCUGGCAGAUCCUCGAGAUACAAAGCAAAAGCAUGUUGAGGAGUUGGUGCGGCUACCAGAUUGCUUCCUUUGUUAUACACCAUCCCCAGAAGCUGGACCUGUUUGUCCAACUCCUGCACUUGCUAACGGCUUCAUUACAUUUGGCAGCUUCAAUAAUCUGGCGAAGAUAACACCUAAGGUACUACAAGUUUGGGCUAGGAUUCUUUGUGCAGUACCAAACUCUCGUCUUGUGGUAAAAUGCAAGCCGUUUUGUUGUGAUAGUGUUAGACAGAGAUUUCUUACAAUGUUGGAGGAGCUGGGGUUGGAAUCGUUACGUGUUGAUCUUUUGCCGCUAAUUCUUCUUAACCAUGACCAUAUGCAAGCAUAUUCUCUCAUGGACAUUAGUUUGGAUACUUUUCCGUAUGCUGGAACAACAACAACAUGUGAAUCUCUCUACAUGGGAGUUCCAUGUGUUACUAUGGCUGGUGCAAUACAUGCUCAUAAUGUUGGUGUUUCUCUUCUUAGCAAAGUUGGUUUAGGACAUCUGGUUGCUCAAAAUGAAGACAACUAUGUUCAACUGGCAUUGCAGCUUGCUUCGGACAUACCAGCACUCUCAAACUUGAGGAUGAGUCUGAGGGAUCUUAUGUCCAAGUCUCCUGUCUGUGAUGGAUCAAAAUUUACUCUUGGUUUAGAGUCAAGUUACCGGGACAUGUGGCAUAGAUAUUGUAAAGGUGAUGUGCCUUCUUUAAAGCGCAUGGAGCUGCUAAAACAGCAAAAAGGUUCUGAGGCAGUACCUAAUGAGAACUUUGAGCCAACAAGGAAUGCAUUCCCAGUAGAGGGCCCUCCUGAGUCUGUUAAAUUGAAUGGAUAUAAUAUAGUCUCAUCAUCAAUAUUAAAUCGCUCUUCUGAAGAAAAUGUGAGUCAGACUCAGUUGAAUCAUACAACAAACUCGGACAAACCAAGUUGAAACUGAAAGGGUCUUUAAGGUUCACGUAAGCUGUAUGUGGGGACUUGCUUGCAGUAAGCUGUCCCUGGGGACUUGCUUGCAGUAAGCUCUGUGUGGGAACUUGCUUGCGGUAAGCUGUGUGAAGAUUUGGUUGGAGCGGAUAUCUUCUGUGUAUAAUAUUUGUGGCUGUAGCCUGCAGAGUGGCAACCCAAGCUCCCCUUUUAUGGGAUCAAAUUUUUUGAGAAAGAAUGUUGGCAAUUGCUGGUAUUUGGACUUCUAUUCAUGCUAGAGAAUCAUAGCGAAUUUGAAAAGAGAGGUCAUGGUCAGUGAGUCGUUACAGUUGCCUGUAUCACAUUUUUUCCCCAUGGGUUAUAGGAGUUAGCGAUGUUUGUAAAUGGCAAGGAGAGGAUUUUUUUUUUUCCUUUUUCCUUUUCUUUUUAAUGAUUUGGGUAGAUCACCAUAGGGGUUUAUGAUUUAGUUUAUGUAUGACUAGCAGUCUUUGGUCUCACUAACAGUGAAUAUGAUGAAAUAGAGCAAUAUUAUUCACAUGA